AUGCCUUUUGGACCACAACUGGUUGCUGGGCUGAGGAAGGCAACUCUUACGAGAGAGCUCCAGCCCGGCGAAGCUUACCUCGUCCGCUUUAAAAACUCAUGCCGAGGAUACAAAACUGAUAUCUGGCUGGGGAUUAUCAUGCCUGAACCGUAUGCCGCCGAACAUUUGAACCGACGUCCUCAGGAGGCGAAAUCGACCGAUGGGAUUUGGAGCGUGAAACCAGCUGAGCGAACUUACCCUCUCUACAUGCCAGGCCGCAACAGCUAUCGAUGGGCAAAUGUUCAUGACAUAUUUCAACUCGAAGAAGCCCUUCCCCGCAUCUUUUCGGACGAUAGUGGCCGUGAAGGAACCGACGUCUUCAAAAAGCUCCACCGGAUUGCGAAUGGAAAACCUGCCUGUCACUUCUGGGAGCUUAUGGCAGACCUGGAAGUGCAGACCAAGGGCAAACGUAGCCGAGAGUUAUCUUUAGUCUUGCCAGAGGGCUGUGAAGCUCUGGUGAACUCUGACGAAGACCAGCAGCAAGAAGAAGGGUCUGAACCCGAUGAGCAUCCCCCAGCAAAGAUUGCAGCCUCCCAGUCAUCUUUCUCCGCAUCUCGCAACAAGACCACCCAAACAGCAGAGCACGUGGUUCACGUGAGCUUCCCUGGGGAGAAGAAUCUUUUUGCCAUCAAAGACAAACAGAACUCGCCUAAGAGACACCCCAUUUUGCAUAAGAGAAAGCCAAAGCCGAAAGCAGUAGUAGCUACGAGUAGCUUCCCCAGGACCGAUGUCUCUUUCAAGGCGGAGGCGACCGCCCAUUCCAGUGCACAACAACCAUCGACGGUCUUCACGAUGAACUUGAUGACUGUCAUUGAAAGCUUUAUCCUGCAGAAAGAAGUUGCCGAUGAGGUUUUCGCUAUUUUCGAAGCCACCGUCAGCCUUCGUGAGCCGGAACUCGGGAAAUUGCGCUCUUUUCUCGCCAGCAAGGAGUUUACACCGCGGAUGACAUUGAAGACAUUGUUUUUUGCGGAUACGUCUAUCGGGGAUAUCCUCAGGAUUGGGCGAUCCUAUGAACUCAAAGAUGUGGCUGACGCAGAAGACCUAUCGGUCGAAAUUAUCUCGCUCGGCAAUCUAUACGCACAGGCACGCCGCUAUAACAUGCGUGAGCUCAUCGCGGACAUCACUCUUAAGCUGCAAGUCGCGUGGAACUCUUAUCCUGGCCUAAGUCAGCUAGGAUUCUUACUAGAAGUAACCAGUCUUGCGUUCGAGGAAGACAUUCAACCACCAUACAAUGGUUUGCAGGAGUGGCUUCUCAACUUCAUGGCCGAUGCUUUCGAUCUGUUCACUUACGCUUGUUCAGAGCCUUUCUGGCAGGUCUUGCAUGCGGAUGAUGGGCUGAAAGAAGCUGUGUUUACUCGUCGAGCUGAUAACAUGAAAGAGUCCCCUACGAGGUACAUCGACAUCCCUGCGCUGUUGCGCAGCCGUGGUAUCUGA